AUGGAGACCAAAGUCGCCGUGUUUGUUCUGGUCUUUCUUCUGUUUUUUUCACUUUUUUCGUCCGUGUCUGGAGAGCGCGUGCGCGACCCUAUUGUUUACAGUAGGGAUCAGCUGUUGGCCCUCCGUGGCACCGCGGUGCUGCCCCACGAGAGGCCCGACGUUCCCCGGGAGUUGAAGAGGAGGAGACGGGGGAGCCGUGCCGGAGCUGCUCGCCGCACUAGAAGGAGGAGAUACAGACCCGUCCUCCCGUCCAUCAUCAUGGGGAAUGUGAGAUCUCUUCCCAAUAAGAUGGACGAGCUAGCGGCGCUGACUCGGCACCAGAGGGACUACCGGGAGUGCAGCAUCAUGAUGCUCACGGAAACAUGGCUGACUGAGCUGACCCCAGACACGGCCGCGGACCUGGACGGAUUCAAACUGGUGCGGGCGGACAGGACGAGGGAGAGCGGUAAGAGGAAAGGAGGAGGGCUGGCAGUGUUUGUGAACGAUAGAUGGUGUAACUCUGGGCACAUCACUAUUAAAGAACAGCUCUGCUGCAGGGACAUUGAACUGUUAGCGGUUGGUAUGAGGCCAUAUUACCUGCCGCGGGAAUUCUCGCAUGUUAUCGCGAUAGCUGCGUAUAUCCCCCCCUCCGCUAACGCUGAUGCAGCCUGUGAUGUUCUCCACUCUGUCACAAGCAGGCUGCAGACAGAGCACCCACAGGCCCUCUUUCUUAUCUCUGGGGACUUUAAUCAUGCCUCUCCAUCCUCCACUCUGCCCACUUUCACCCAGCAACCAGCUGUGUCCCGCACAGUGAAGAGAUGGUCCAACGAGGCUGAGGAGGCUCUGAAGGACUGUUUUGACACAACUCUCACAGCCACCCCCUACUUCUCACCUCAUCAACCCAACCCCCCCACUCACACCCUCCAGCACACAGCCCCCCUGCUCCAACCUGUCUCUCACAACGACCCAGGUACCACACACAUAUACAUCAUGGCUCCUCUUACCUCCCCCUCCGGCUGUACCAGCUGCUCCCGCCUCGCUGAGAAGAUCGCAGAGCUGGAGGGACGUAUAACCACUCUACACCAAAUCCGUGAUGCCGAGGCGCUAAUGGAUACCAUCACCUUCAACCGUCCACAAACUGACUCCCUCUGUGCUCCUGGCUCUGUUGCUGCCCCUGAUGCUGCUUCCUCCGGUCCAGUUUCUGCUCUCAAGGCCGGUGAAGCCACUACUCCUCCUUCGGUGCCUGCUGCCGCCUCUUCGAACCCCCCGCCUGACGCCAUCUCUGAUGACACCUGGAUUCGUCAAGGGGCCAGGCCGAGGGCCCUGACUAGCUCCACUCCAUCGGGCCCUGAGCCCUGGUGCCUGGUCCCUGCUUCCGGCAACGGGGGCCCUUCCUCCCGCACUCCUCAUCGCAGCAUCCAGCUGGUGAAUAAGUUCACACCCCUCGCUUUCCUUCCCAUUGAUGGGGACGCCCAGGGCUCUCCUCCUUCUACUCCACUGCCGUCCCAGGGGCUCCAGGGCCCUCUGUCUCCGAGGCUUCCUGCAGCGCUACCUGAGCGCUCCUCUCUCCGCAAGACUUUCCGCUCCAUACCGUUGUUUACACCUGCACCACAGCGCGCUUGCCCCCGCCUCUCAGUCCGCUCCCCUCCAGCGACGUCGUCUCCUCCACCGACCGCUCCCCCCACCUCCUCUCUCCGCAAGACCUUCCGCUCCACACCGUUGUUUACACCUGCACCACAGCGCGCUUGCCCCCGCCUCUCAGUCCGCUCCUCUCCAGCGAUGUCGUCUCCUCCACUGACCGCUCCCCCCACCUCAUCCAGCCCAGAGAGCCCACAAUCCGUCACUUUUACCCACUCCGCCCCAUGGUUCACCCCCGCUCUCAGACAACUCAAAUCCAAAGGACGCCAACUGGAACGCCUCUACAAUAAGACUGGUCUCACUGUGCACAAGGAAAUUUAUCACAACCACAUUCUCCACUACAAGAACUGUAUCUCACAAGCCAAAUCCACCUACUACUCUGGUUUAAUCAAUUCAAAUGAAGGCAACUCGAAGACUCUGUUCUCAAUUCUCAACAAUAUCACUCAACGUCCGGACUCUCUCCCUCCUCAGAUGUAUUCCACUGCUUUCUGUAACACCCUUUUAUCCUUCUUUACUACCAAAAUUCACAACAUCCACCAGCAACUCGCUUCCAGCCCAUUCCACAAUACACCUUCCAUACUCCCCUCUCUUUCCCCUUCUCAGUCACUCUCAGCAUUUAUUCUGCCAUCAGUUUUGGAUACCACUGACCUGAUAAAAAAAUCCAAACCAUCAACCUGCCAGUUAGACCCUCUCCCAACUGCUUUUGUCAAGGCCACCGUUCCGUCUCUAGCUCCUCUCAUCACGCACAUAAUUCACUCUUCCCUCACCACUGGAAUUUUUCCCUCACCCCUCAAAACUGCAGCUGUCACCCCAAUACUCAAGAAACCUGGCGCUGAUCCGAAUAACCUCAGUAACCUCCGCCCCAUAUCCAAUCUUCCAUUUCUCUCCAAGAUCCUUGAAAAAACCGUCGCUUCUCAGAUCCAUUCCCACCUAUCUCACAAUAAUCUCUUUGAACAAUUCCAGUCUGGUUUCCGCCCUCUCCACAGCACUGAAACAGCACUCCUCAAAAUCACUAAUGAUCUUCUCCUGGCAGCUGACUCCGGUCUCUUAUCCAUCCUCAUCCUGCUUGACCUGAGUUCGGCCUUCGACACCAUUUCACACAGCAUCCUCCUGGACAGACUUCUCUCUAUUGGCAUCACUGGCACACCCCUCAACUGGUUUAAAUCAUACCUCUCCGGCCGCUCUCAGUUCAUCCAACUUCAUUCUUUCACAUCACAGCCAUUCCCAGUCACCACAGGUGUGCCCCAGGGCUCUGUCCUGGGGCCCCUGCUGUUCAUCAUCUACUUACUCCCUCUUGGUCACAUCUUCCGGAAACAUCACAUCCUCUUUCAUUGCUACGCAGAUGACACCCAGCUCCAUAUCUCCACCAAACCAGACUCCACCCUCCCGCCUUCCUCCCUCACCGACUGCCUCCUCGAAAUAAAAUCCUGGUUUUCAUCCAACUUCCUCAAAUUAAACAGUGACAAAACAGAAAUUAUACUCAUUGGCACCAAAUCCACUCUGUCCAAAACCCCUAGUUUCACCUUAUCCGUUGACAACUGUUCCAUUUCUCCUUCCCCUGAAGUCAAGAGUCUGGGUGUCAUCCUCGACAGCACACUUUCCUACACAUCCCAUAUCAACAACAUAACCCGGUCAGCUUAUUUCCAUCUCCGCAACAUCAAGCGCCUCCGCCCCUCCUUAACACCUCACACAGCUGCCAUUCUGGUCCACAGUCUUGUUACCUCCCGGCUUGACUACUGCAACUCCCUCCUGCUUGGCCUUCCUCAUAAAUCCCUCCAUAAACUACAACUGGUACAGAACUCAGCAGCUCGUGUCAUCACAAGGACUCCAUCCACUCAUCACAUCACACCCAUCCUGCAGCAGCUCCACUGGCUCCCCAUCACUUACCGUAUUCAAUAUAAGAUUCUGCUGCUCACCUUCAAGGCCAUCCACAACCUCGCCCCUCCAUACCUCUCUGACCUCCUCCACAUUGCCACACCUGCACGCACAGUCAGAUCAUCUUCCUCUCUUCAUCUCUCCGUUCCCCCCGCCCGCCUGGCUACCAUGGGGAGCAGAGCUUUUAGCCGCUCUGCUCCCCAGCUCUGGAAUUCACUCCCUCUUGACCUCCGCAACACCACUUCUGUUAAUCUGUUUAAAUCCAAACUCAAAACUCAUCUGUUCAGACUUGCCCACUCCCUCUGACUCAGUGCACUUUGCU